GAAAAGCAGGCGGCAGCCUGCUCGCGAGUUUCAUUAUAUUCCAAUAUAUUCAUUUCCCGAUCGCUCUCCCGUCUUGCGUGAAGACGCCACCUGGAGCAGCAGCGGGCCAGCGAGCAAGAGAGAGGCAGACCCCCGUAUCCACGCGCGCCCCGUCCCGGAGGGAGAGAGAGAGAGAGAGAGAGAGAGAGACACACACACACACACACACACACACAUACAUACACGCGCGCGCGCCAGCGCCGCACCCGCUCGCUCUCUUUCCUCCCCCACGGACGCCUUGGUCGCGAGUCGGUCGGACGGCGGAGCGGCGCGCGCUCGAGAGAGCGUUUUCCACGGGCCCUGCUCCUGCUCCACGCUGGCGGCCGAGAACCAUGGACUGUUUCUAUCUGCCUUGCUUUCGGACAAGACACCAUGACGCCUGGUAACCGUAUGCUGAUGGUCAUCUUAUUAUGCCAGUUGCUGCUCGGAGGUACCAACCGUGCCAGCUUGAUACCCGCCGAGACUGGCAAGAAGAAGGUGCCCGGAGAUCUGCAGCAACAGCAACCGCGACAAGGCGCCAGGGGAGAAGAGGGAGCCCGCCAAGGGGCCCUGGGACCCCCGCCGCCGCGCCGUGCCGCCUUGCCAAACCAUGACCUCCUCCGCGGGUUCGAGGCUACCCUCCUCCAGAUGUUCGGGCUCCGACGGCGGCCCCAACCCAACCCGACGGCUGUCAUCCCCUCCUACAUGCUGGAUCUCUACCGCCUCCAGUCCGGGGAAGAGGAGGAAAGCCUUCACGAUCUGCACCUUCAGUAUCCGGAGAAAUCCACCAGCCGGGCCAACACCGUGAGGAGCUUCCACCACGAAGGUUGGCCUCUAGACUGGGAAGGGGGAACCCGCCAGCCCGUGCCCUGCGCGCGCGCGCGCGCCGAUGUGCUUGCUCAAGGAAACCCCUUAGGAAAGAUUCCCCGUCUUCUCUCCUUCUCCAAGCGCCACUGCCGCCGCCACGCGCUCUACGUGGACUUCAGCGACGUGGGCUGGAACGACUGGAUCGUGGCCCCGCCGGGCUACCAGGCCUUCUACUGCCACGGGGACUGCCCCUUCCCCUUGGCCGACCACCUCAACUCCACCAACCACGCCAUCGUCCAGACCCUGGUCAACUCGGUCAACGGCACCAUCCCCAAGGCGUGCUGCGUCCCCACCGAGCUGAGCGCCAUCUCCAUGCUCUACCUGGACGAGUACGACAAGGUGGUGCUCAAGAACUACCAGGAGAUGGUGGUGGAAGGCUGCGGGUGCCGGUAGGGGAGGCGGGAGUGGACGGCACCCCCCACACGCGGCGGAGCCCCUCCAGAGACGCUCGCGGAGAAAGCCCC